GCGUUAUUUCAAUCGUCGCUGUGACAGCGGGGUGGUAUCCGGCGCCGCUGCAUAUAUAUAUACACAGGUGGGUGGCUUCACCUCAGUCUCAUGCUUUCUCCUGAGCUCUCCCCGUGGUGGUAACUGCAGCCGAGCGGGCUGGAUCUGGCGUGAUCAAUCGGGACGCAUAUAAUAUCAUUGGUACAGUGACGCUGGGAGACGGGUCGCUCCGUUCAGCGUGCCGUGGGUGCUUCUGUGACGACAGGGUAAGCUAUGCGGUCCGCAUUAUGUGAUCUGAUGUGUUAACUGGUCCCUGAUUUUGUGUGGUUGCUGCAGUUUAUUUGCUGCUGCUGUCAUUGGAUCUCCUCCGCCUGCAUUGCUUCUCCGCUGCGCCACAGCUAACCGGGAAUGUAUCGCUCAAUGAGGAAGUGAUCAAUUAAGUCCAGGUGAUGUUAUUUAAUGACAAUUCUGCUUAAUUGUCUACCUUUACUAGGUUGCAGCUAAACGUGUGAACCACACGUCAUCGUUCCCUGGACUGGCUGCUGUUUCGGUUCUUUCUUUUCGCCGGCUCUUCGUUGCGGCUCUUUUUCUCGUUCGGUUUGCCGGCUCUCUGAUUGGUGCCGACAACUUGCUGUUUUUGACUGUGUUGGCGCGUAUUUCUCAUUAGGUUUAUCGCCAACGUGUUUAGAGUUACUGCAUUGUACUUUUUCUGUUAAAAACCGCAGGCUAUGAGGAUUAUCAUGCCUCAUAUUUCACCUGUGUUUUAAAAGCUAUUGUGUGGAGUGAGUGUGCGUGUGUGUUUUUACUGUGUAUAUUGGUCUGGUCACCAGCACUGCUAAAUCAGGAGUACUAAUUAUUUGUUUCUUUUGUGCAGGUUUGGUGAGCCUCGGCGGCAGUUUAAUCCCUGGUGGUGGUUCACGGAUCCCCUUUCCGUUGGUGUGUUGUCACAGGAACCAAUGAACGGUGGGGACAGAGGCUUCGGGGCUGGCAGGAGAGAGUCAUAUACAAGCCUGUGGAAAGCAGAGGCAUUUGGAGGGAGAGCUGCAAAGGGUGGACAAGCGGUGAGAGCAUGAGCCUGAAAACAGAGGCAGAGGGGAACGCCGAGAUGAAGUCGGACAGAGACCCAGAAAGUUACAACUCGACACACUCGCAGCAGCAGGGCGGUUAGGUCUGCCUGGCGUGUGAGUAUCCCUUUGGGGUUUUUCCAGUAAUGUUCUGGCGGGUGUACAUCUUCGUGGGAAGGUGGGUGGUGAAAGAGACCUCCGUACUGGCAGUGGGUUUGUGUCUUGCAGGUGGUCUCCCCGGACACAAGCCCAGGCUCAGCAAGAAGGUGAAUGGAUCCCGUGGCUGCUGAACCGUGUGCUCCGUACCCCACGUUCCCUGGAUUUUAACUGCGGAUUUUAACUUACAGACUACAGGUUUUAUUGGACUCCCACCUUGCCGGCGAGAAGUUGGGUUGCUGCUGCAGCUGAUCCUCCUCACCUGUGCCUGGUGUCUGAUUUAGAGCAGCUGACCUGAGCCGAAGUCAGCCAAUCCGGAGCCUGCAUGGUUCAGCAUAAGAAGCCGGCAAGCCUGAAGCUCGGCAGCUUGCCGCUGUAACCAGCCCUGCUCGUGUGCCUCGGCUUAGUGAACUUUGUUAGACAUUCUAAAACCCUGUACAUUUGGAGACACUAGUCUUUUCCUGAGGCACUAGUCUUUUCGUUCAUUGUAUGUCACGCACGCUAAGGUUGAUUGUUAGGAUUUAAAAUGGUAAAUGAUUGUAUUUAUAUAGCGCUUUUAUCCAAAGCGCUUUACAUGAUACGUCACAUUCACCCAUUCACAUACACAUUCACACACUGAUGGUGGAAGCUGCCAUGCAAGGCGCUAACCACGACCCACCAGGAGCAAUUAGGGGUUCGGUGUCUUGCUCAGGGACACCUCAACAUGAGCUCGACGGGCCGAGGAUCAUUGUCUUGGAGUCCUUCAUGUGUUUUUUGGCAAACUCUUGGGCUUUCAUGUGUCUUGCACUGAGAAGAGGCUUCCGUCGGGCCACUCCGCCAUAAAGCCCCGACUGGUGGAGGGCUGCAGUGAUAGUUGACUUUGUGGAACUUUCUCCUAUCUCCCGACUGCAUCUCUGGAGCUCAGCCAUAGUGAUCUUUGGAUUCUUCUUUACCUCUCUCACCAAGGCUCUUCUCCCACCAUUGCUCAGUUUGGCUGGACGGCCAUGGUCUAGGAAGAGUUGUGGUCAUCCCAAACUUCAUUUGAGGAUUAUGGAGGCCACUGUGCUCUUAGGAACCUUGAGUGCUGCAGAAAUUCUUUUGUAACCUUGGCCAGAUCUGUGCCUUGCCACAAUUCUGUCUCUGAGCUCCUUGGGCAGUUCCUUCGACCUCAUGAUUCUCAUUUGCUCUCACUGUGAGCUGUAAGGUCUUACGUAUAUAGACAGGUGUGUGCCUUUCCUAAUCAAGUCCAAUCAGUUCAAUUAAACACAACUGGACUGCAAUAAAGAAGCAGAACCAUCUCGAGGAGGAUCAGAAGAAAUGGACAGCAUGUGAGUUAAAUACGAAUGUCACUGCAAAGGGUCUGAAUACUUAUGACCAUGUGAUAUUUCAGUUUUUCUUUUUUAAUAAAUUUGCAAACAUUUCUACAUUUCUAUUUUUUCUGUCAAGAUGGGGUGCUGAGUGUACAUUAAUGAGAAAUAAAAUGAACUUUUUUGGUUUUGGCAAAUGGCUGCAAUGACACAGAGAGUGAAAAAUUUCAAGGGGUCUGAAUACUUUCCGUACCCACUGUAAACCCACAAUGGCACAUUAGCAUUGAGUCAAUUUGUUGCAAAUUGAUUGUUUCCACUGAUUGCUUACCAUUUCUACUUAUGUGUUCUAGAUGACAAUGCAUAUGUACACAUGGGGAGUUCUUGCAUGAGACCUGUUGUUUUCUGUUCCUUACAUAGAAGUGCACCUCCACCAAGGAGAAUUUUGAGCUCUAGGCUUUUGGCAAAUGGCUGCAAUGACACAGAGAGUGAAAAAUUUCAAGGGGUCUGAAUACUUUCCGUACCCACUGUGUAUAUAUAUAUAUAUAUAUAUACAUAUAUAUAUAUAUAUAUAUAUAUAUACACACUAAAAACUAGUCUGUGACCCACCAAUUGAGAAACACUGUAUUAUGGGAUGGCAGGAUACCAGGACUGUCAUAAGUGUCCACAGGAGGUAAGUUUCUCACAUCCCAUUCAUUUUCUAUGUGUCUAUUUCACUUACGCAAAUUCAAUGCAGGGGAGUGGAGGUCUGGCCAUCAUUGAACUAGUGUGAGGAUGGAUUCAGCAGCUUAUUUCUAACCUCAAAUGCUUUCAGAAAUACUUUUUGCUGAACUGUUGUUGCAAUAGUGGGCUGCACAGUGCCGUAGUGGUUAGCACUUUCGCCUUGCAGCAAGGAGAUCCCUGGUUCAAAUCCCAGCCUGGGCCUGGGAUCUUUCUGCAUGGAGUUUGCAUGUUCUCCCUGUGCAUGCAUGGGCUUUCUCCGGGCACUCCAGCUUCCUCCCACAGUCCAAAAAUAUGCUGAGGUUAAUUAAUCACUCUAAAUUUGCUCUAAACAUUCCAGAACCUGCGCCUGUGAAAGUGGCUGCAAAGUUUGGUGUCUUUUAACUGUUUUCAGUUUUUUGCUGUAUUUUUGCUGUAUUUUUAAAAUAUUUUGUCAUGUUUUAUCGACUGCUGAUGGAGGUUUCUGCUGGGAGAAGAAUCUAUUCAAGAGAGGAGCUUUUUUCAUUGAGACAGAACAAAUCUGGACUGCAACAUCCAAUUCCAGUGGACAUCUUGAGGUGUUUUCGUGGUUGCUGUGCUGGUGCAAAGGUGAAGGCUAGGAAAUGGAGACACAAGCCCUUUCUUCCAUCAGUCAUCAUGGGAAACGUGAACUCUUUGCCAAACAAAAGUGACGAGCUGGAGACAAUGGUGAAGACGGACAAAACAUACCGUGAAUGCAGUCUCCUGUGUUUUACUGAGACCUGGUUGAAUCAAAACAACUCAGACUCAACAGUGGAUCUACCUGGCUUUACCCUCAUAAGGUCAGACAGAGAUGCUAAAGCUAGUGGCAAGACGAAAGGAGGAGGUCUGGCUUUAUUUGUUAACCAGAGAUGGUGCAACUCCUCACACAUAACGGUUAAGGAGAAGUUGGGUUGUCCAGAUGUUGAGUUGGCAGUUGGACUUCGACCAUAUUAUGUCCCAAGGGAGUUCAGUCACAUCAUAACAAUACUUGUAUACAUUCCACCCAAAGCAACUGACAUGGUUCCAUGUGAUGUGUUGCAUGAUACUGCUGCUAGGAUACAGACUCAACAUCCUGAGGCACUUGUAAUAAUAUCAGGAGAUUUCAAUCAUGUCAGCCUCUCCUCUCACCUUACUGGAUUUACACAGUUUGUUAACUGCCCUACCAGAGAGAAUAAAACCCCAGACCUGCUUAUGCUAAUGUCAAAUAAGCUUACAAGAGCUACUGCCUUACCACCACUGGGCAGGUCAGAUCAUAACCUGGUUUACCUGCAGACCUGUUACAAACCUUGUGUGCUGAGACAGCCUGCAACUGAAGUCCAAAUCAGAAAAUGGACUCCUCAAGCUAGUGAAGCUCUAAGGGACUGCUUUGAAUCAACAGACUGGAAUGUGCUCCUGGAAACAGAUGAGGACAGUAUGAACACUGACAGACAGGUUGAUUGUUUUACUGAAUACAUCAACUUCUGUAGAGACACAGUCAUACCUGCAAAGACUGUUCACUGUUUCCCCAAUAACAAACCAUGGAUCACAAACGACAUAAAGGCAAUCCUCAACCAGAAAAAACAAGCUUUUAGAGAUGGUGACAAAGAACGGCUCAAAGAAGUGCAGCAUGAGUUGAAGAGGAGACUGAAAGUGGCAAAGAUGGAAUACAAAAAGAAGAUAGAGAGGAAGUUUCAAUACAGUAACAUCCGUGAUGUGUGGAGAAGAAUCAAUACCAUCUCUGGACACAACAAUAAAAAGAGGAGGGAGCAAAUAGUGGGUGAUGUAGAAAGAGCUGACGAACUCAACUUGUUCUUCAACAGAUUUGACACUGUGGACACACCUACUUCCACUGCUACUCCUCCUUCUUCUCCUCAACAUAUGGAAAUCUCCACUAUAGCUCCUCCUUCUUCUCCUCCAUCUCCUACACGUCUCCACAGUUGCAGCCACUUCCGUUCCAGCACCAUCUCUGUCACAGAGACAGGGGUGAUGGGAGCUUCAGAGACUUUGCUCUGGGAAGGCAGCUGGCCCAGAUGGUGUCUGUCCAAGACUGCUUAAAGACUGUACUGCACAACUGUGUCAACCUCUCCACAGGAUCUUCAACCUGAGUCUGCCUGCUCUAUGGAAAACAUCCUGUAUCGUACCAGUACCAAAAAUCAAAUGUCCGGCUGAACUAAAUGACUAUAGACCUAUUGCCCUGACCUCACACAUCAUGAGAACUCUGGAGCGGCUGGUUUUACGUCUCCUGAGGCUUGAGGUCAAAGAAAAACUCGAUUCCUUGCAGUUUGCUUACAAAGAACACAUUGGAGUGGAUGAUGCCAUCCUCUUCAUGCUUCACCAUGCUCUGUCUCAGCUGGAGGAACCUGGAGUUUAUGUGAGAAUCAUGUUCUUUGGUUAUUCAAAUGCAUUCAACUCCAUCCAACCCACCAUCCUCAAAGACAAGCUCACAGAGAUGGGAGUGGAUCCUUCCUGUGUUUCAUGGAUUACAGAUUACCUGACAGGAAGGCCGCAGUUUGUCAGGCUGGGGAACUGUGUUUCUGGGACAUUAAUGAGUAGUACUGGGGCUCCACAAGGAACAGUCCUGGCUCCAUUCCUGUUCACUCUGUAGACAUCUGACUUCAAAUACAGCACUGAGUCCUUCCACAUUCAGAAAUACUCUGAUGACACUGCUAUCGUGGCAUGUAUCAGAAAUGGACAUGAAGCUGAAUACAGAGAUCUGAUAAGUGCCUUCAGUGACUGGAGUCACAAAAACUGCCUGCUACUCAACGCCUCAAAGACAAAGGAAAUGAUCAUAGAUUUCCACAGAUCCAAACCCCCUCUUCAGCCAGUGAACACUUCUGGCGUGGACAUCGAGAUGGUGACAUCAUAUAAAUAUUUAGGUGUCCACCUUGAUAAUAAGUGGGACUGGUCUACAAACGUAGACUUUAUCUACAAAAAGGGCCAGAGCCGACGUUAUUGCCUCAGAAGACUUCGAUCACUAGACAUCUGCAGUAAGAUGCUGCAGAUGUUUUAUCAGUCUGUGGUAGCAAGUGUCCUAUUUUAUGCUGCAGUCUGCUAGGGGGGGAAAGCAUAAAACAGAAGGAUGCAAGGCGUCUUAACAAACUGAUUAAAAAAGCUGGCUCUGUGGUUGGAAUCGGAUUGAACACAUUGGAGGAUGAGGUGGAGAGACGGGCACUGAGCAAGAUGGAGGCCAUUCUGACAAACAUGGAUCAUCCACUUCACAUCUGCCUCCACGAACAACGAAACAUCAGUGGAUGGCUCCUAUCCCUGCGUUGCAAGACUGAAAGAUUUAGGAAAUCUUUCUUGCCAUCAGCAGUCAGGCUAUUUAAUUCAAAAUUAAACAGAUAAGAACCCUGACAACUGAAUUUCCCUUCGGGGAUGAAUAAAGUGAUUCUGAUUCUGAUUCUGAUUCUGAUUCUAAAUUGCCCGUAGGUGUGAGUAUGAUUGUUUGUCUGUAUAUGUAGCCCUGCGACAGACUGGCGACCUGUCCAGGGUGUCCCCUACCUUCGCCCAAGUCAGCUGGGAUAGGCUCCAGCACCCCCCGCGACCCUAGUGAGGAUAAAACAAUGUAUAGAGAAUGGAUGGAUGAAUGGAUGUUGCAAUAAAAGAGAAAGUUUGUGACCGAAGUGCCAUGUUGGUCCACCAGACCAAUAAGCUCAAUGUGGUCUCAUCUUUCUUCACUGUCAACUAAACAUUCUUGUGCGCUGACACCAUGUCCUGUGCAUCUUCUUCAGCUGGACAACAGAUUUUAAGUGCAUUACCACAACCUACUGGGCUGAACUGUGCAUGUGUAUUACCAGUGUGCCAGAAAUGAGGUUACUGAGAAAGGUGUGAUUAAAUGCGUUAUUUGUUUAAGGUGUUUUUUUUUCUGUAAUGAAUUAAUCAAAAUUAACAUGUUAAAGUCCCAGCCAUAAUUUUUUGCAUGAUCCAUGAAAGACUGUGUUUUCAAGUCAGACUGAAAUAAACAAAAAUAAUCAACC